AUGGCUUUUGGUUUAUAUUCGCUGAUAGAGGCCGUUAUAUUGUGCUUAAAUGCUGUAUGUGUGCUACAUGAAGAACGAUUCCUCGCUAAAUUCGGCUGGGGUACAGACCAAAGGGGAUUCGGUGAAGACCCCAGCAUGAAAACUCAACUACUGAACUUGAUCCGUUCCAUAAGGACUGUGAUGAGAAUACCUCUGAUUGGAAUAAAUAUACUGGUAAUAGGAUUUAAAUUACUGCUUGGAUAACGGGACCUCAACAUCAUCAUUGAACAAAUGUGUGUUUGAAAUCAGAAUGGUUUUACCAUUUAGUGCAUGGAACUCGAAGAAGAGAUAUGUUGUGGAACAGAUAUGGAUACCUGUAUUGAUUCAGUAUUAGAUUUAUAUACUGUGACAGCAGUUUAUACUCGAUGAAGGCUUCAUGACUGAAAUGGUUACAGUAAUGUUGAGAGCAUUGUUUACCUUGUGUGUCGAAGUAUUUGAUAUAUUCAGAAAUAUGAAUGUAUUUGUCACUUUAAACCAACUUGGUUGCUAUACUUUUGUAUAUGUAUCACCUUAAUUUCAAUGAAUUCAAUUUUCACAGUGUAAUGACUCUCAGGAUUUCAAUUUUAGAAAUGUUUUUUUAUGAACAUUUGUGGGGAUUUUUAUCUAAAAAAAAAUCAAGGGCAUUGCCAUGAAAUCAGUUUAAAUGUUACACAGUAAACAUCAUGAUUGUAAAAAUGUUUUAUUACAAUAUUGCAAACAUAUGAUUUUCAGUGUAUCUAUAUGACAUUUUUUAUAUAUCCUUAAAUCUAAAGUAUGAAUUCUAAAAAGCACCAUCAAUAAUCUUACCACUUGUUGAUUUAUAUAUGCAUGGAUUUUCAUGUACAAUCUUAAGUGUAAAGAACAUCUGCUCUUUUUAAUUUUUUAUAUUUUCAGAAGUUAAAUCUCUGGGUAGUAUUACUUAAAAGUCUCAAUUAUUUUGUAAAAUGAGAAUACAUGUUCUGUGCCUAUGUUAAAAUAUUCUCUGAUGUGUCCAUUGCUUUAAACAAAUCUUGAUGAAUCCUGCAGUUGGUGUCUUAUUUUUGGAGCAAGACAUGUACGUUAGAAUUUGAUAACCAUUGAUUAUUAUUAUCAUGCAAGCUAUGUACAGUGUAUCAUCGUACAUAAUUAGAUAUCUUCAUUUAUAUUUAAGCUUGUGAUCAUACCAGCUGUUGUGUAAUUAUACACCUAAGAAGAAUAUUUGUGAGAUAGUGACUCUUAUGAUAGGAGGCCAAGCAAAUGUGAAGACUGAAAUAAUCAUUUCAUGCUUAACAUUUCACCAAUAAUAUUCACAUAUGUUAGUUUUGUCAUCAGUUAAUCCAGAGUAUCACCUUUCUCCUCAGAUUCUCCAGUGAUUACUGCAAUAUUACAACAGCCAUUCUGAUAAGAAACAUAUUAAUGAUAAAUUCUGUAUAUUUAGAAAGAGGUUUGGAUAUGAAGAGAAACAAGAAACACACACACACAUAUACACACACAAACACACACACACACGUGAAUAUUGUGAAGGGAGGUAACUCAAACACCUCUGUGCAAGAUAUGAUUUAUUCUUAAGGGAAAUAACUCUUUCAUAAAUCUAGGUAAAGGAAGGGUAAAUGAAAAAAUAAUAAACAAAUAGAAAAGAAAAUCUUUAAGGGGAGGGUGGGGGGAGGUAACUUUAACUCAGAUUAUUUAGAUUGAAUUUGUCAUGGCUUUUGAUUUAUUUCACAAACUUUUCCAAAGUAUUGUUAAUGUAUAAUUAUGAAUUACGACUUAAAUUUGUUUACAUAUUUGUAAACGUCACAGCAUUGAUUUGUAAGAUAGUAUUAUAAACAAGUGAAUCAGUGUUUUUCUUUUGAGGGUAGUUAACAUGUCAGUCACUGUUAUGAUUUUUAAACACACAGUCAUUGUAGUCACAGUAGUUACAUUGAUGUCUUACAAGUUUCAUUUGAACAGUCCACUGUGAUCAUUGUACUUCCAUAAAUUGGACAGAGAAAAAGAGAGCAAACUAGAGUAACUGUCUGUGAAGAAUGAUUGUUUUGUAAAUAAAGUGAAUAAGAUGAU